AUGUCUCCGAAAAGCAAGUCACCUAAGCCUGCUCGAAAGCAUGUGACGACGGCCUGCAACCCUUGCAGAGAGGGCAAGGUGAAGUGCGACGGAGCCACUCCCGCUUGUGGGAAUUGCGGGGCAAAAGGCAAGAGAUGCUCUUAUCGCCAAGUUGAUGACAGGCGCAAAAUCCCGGUACGAGUGAGCUUCGGUGUUUUGGCUAGAAGAAUAAACCAGCUGGUACUUUAUAUUCAAGGGCAGGGCUUGGAACUUCCUUGCAUGGACGAGAGCGACAGUUUGAUGAUCGGAAGCAUAUUUGAUGCGCUUGGAAUGGAAUGUUAUGGUCUUACGACUGGGAAGGAUACGUCGACUGCAAAGCGGUACAUUGACGACGCCAGAUCUGGGGAAGAUGUUGUGCUCUCUCCAGAUGCAAUGCCACCUCAUCAGAAGGCGGUUGCCGAUUCCUCUUCACCAUCGACCGGUGCAGAUCCGCAAGAGACUCUAGGCGCGCAUAACCUUGUAUCCUCAGCAGCACAGCCACCUAAUCCUUCUCAUGAAACCGGAGAGGAUGAAGAGGAUGAGGUUACUAGUCAGCUGUCAUGCCGAUCAGGACGGCUUCAAGUGAUGCAUGACGGACAGCUCCGGUACUACGGGUCCACCUCCAACCUCAACCUCCUGGAUAUCCUCGUCGGUGUCACUCCGCCAUGCUCAACAAAUGCCCAGAAAGGAGCACACGAAGUCUUAAAGAGUGCGGAGCUUGAUGCCCCGGUCGAUGAAACAUUCGAACAGCAUCUGCUGAAGCUCUACUUCACAUGGCAAGAUCCCUGUCUUCAUGUCGUGGACGAACAAGUAUUCUGGAGGUCGAGAGCACAUAAUCUGGACGAUGACUUGGAUACACCAUACUACUCUUUCACACUAGUAAAUGCUAUGUGUGCGAUCGGAGCUGCGUACGAGCCCCGAUACCACCCGAGUCUUGUAACCUUUCCUCGAUCGCUCGCCGAGUUCUUUGGUGAUCGUGCUAAAGUACUCCUUGAGUUGGAAUUGGAGAGUCCGUCACUGGCUACAGUUCAAGCCUUGGUCAUCUUGGGCGGGUAUGAAGCCUCCUGCACGAGGGAUACGCGGGGGUGGCUGUACAGUGGAAUGGCUAUGCGAUUGGCCUUUGAUCUUGGACUUCAUCUGGAUAUGGCUCCGUACGUGGCCAAGGGCAUCAUCCCGUUGGAAAAUGCCGAGAUUCGCCGCCUGACCUUCUGGGGAGCAUAUAUGAGCGAGCAGUUCUGGGGUUGGUACCUCGGUCGUCAUACUCGAAACCAAUUGCCGGUGAUAACAGUGAAGAAGUUGGAUGGGUGCAAUGAUCCAGGAGCCGAAAAGUGGGAGCCAUAUGGCUCUCCGACCGCCUCGAACAACGUACCCGCUUUUCCAAACACAUUGAAGAAGCUAUCCUACGAAUGGACCUCUCUCUAUGAUCUCCCAUUGCCACUUACUGAUGUUUUAUAUGACAUCUCUUCUAUGUCUAUACGUGAAAUGCAGGAGCUAGCAGCCCACACAGUCGAGAAGCUCAAGUCGUGGAAGGCUGAUUUGCCAGCAGAGCUGGACUUUGACGAAUCCGAGAGUGGAGUUCAACCUCUUCCGCACGUACUGGCUCUACACAUGCAGUAUCAUCAGAUGAUGAUUCAUUGUCACCGUCCGUACAUCUCUCACGUUAUCCAGCCUCAGCCACCUCAGGGUCCAGGCUCAGGGCAUGCACGCAUGACGUGCAUCGAGUCGGCGAUAUCGAUAGCGAGACUCCUCGCCCUCUAUGAGCGAUGCUAUAGUUUCCGCCGGGCCAAUUAUCUCAUUGUGUCCUUCGUCUUCUCGGCUGCACUAAUUCUUAUUUUCAUCACGGUACCUCUCAAAGGGGAUGACGAAGAUCAAGAAUUGAUGCAGCAUUUGAACACUUGUUUCCGUGCGCUAGAUGAGAUGGGUAGUCGCUUUGAGAAUGCGAGACGCACGAAUACCUUUCUCACAACGCUGCAGUGCGAGUGGCAGACUCGUCGACGAGACACGAAGGUAUCUUCAGGGACCAAGAGGAAGUUGCCGUGCUCGUUCGCAACAACUGGCCGUCGGACUAUGACUCGAGAUGAAAGCUCCCUACGCUCAGCACAUGAUCAGAGCUGGUCCGCAGCAGCGGUAGGCCGAACGGGAGAACAAGCAGAUGUUGACCUUCAACAUUCGACUGAUCUUCCUUCCAUUGAUGAUGGCUUGUCUUACUCUCUGGAUCUCAUGGAGUCUGACUUGUGCAAUAUCCUUCUCAGCGAGGGGAUUCCGAGGGCUUUCGUGUAG